UUCUCCAUCUUUACGCGUUCGCCAAACAAAAAAAAAAAAAGCUUUCCUCAAGAGCCCUAAUCUUUUUUCUCUCUAAAAUCCCCAAUUAUAUCUCUCCUCGAACCCUAAUUUCUACCUCUCUUUCUCGCUUCUCUGUAAUAUCUUAUUCACUACUUCAUUCUAUAGAUCGCUUUGUUCUCUGGUUCUCACAGCCAGAUCUUUCGAUUCUCUCCAGGUGUAGAUAAAUUUCUCUUUUGAGAAGAUUGUAUUUGCGGAUUCAAUGUCUACUUCUGUGGAUAUGUCUCUUGAUGACAUUAUAAAGAAGAACAGAGAGAGAGGUAGAGGAGGACGUGGCAGGGCCCGACGUGGCCGUGGCCGAGGUGGGUCGUUUAGUGGUGGAAGAAUGACAGGAGCAGGUCGCAAAGGUCCCCUUUCGGUGAAUGCUCGGCCAUCACAAUUUUCAAUUGCCAAGGCAAGCUCAAAACUGUGGACGGUAUAUGCAUAAUGAUUGAGAACCUGAUAUUCUUAAGAUAUCCAACAUUCCAUCUGCAAGAGGAUAUUAAAUUAUGAUUUAGAAACUCAAAUUACGGUGGAUCUGAAAAUCAAACUGUGGAUGGUAUAUGCAUAAUGAUUGAGUACCUGAUAUGCUUAAGAUAUCCAACAUUCCAUCUGCAAGAGGGUAUUAAAUUAUGAUUUAGAAACUCAAAUUACAGUGGAUCUGUAAUGUAUUUUGUUCUCGUUCAUGGAGAAGUUCCAUUUGACAUCCGCCUUUUUUAAGCAUUGUGGGCUGUUGCAUUUUUACCAUUAUCUUCCAGGAUUCCUAAUAGUUGUGGGGGAUUUGGGCUAUAUAUUGGGGAUUUGCCACAGAAAUUUUCUCAUAAAGUAUAUGUGGUAGCUUUUUGAGGUUCGCAUUAAGCUAAUUAUUAGCAUUUUAUACCAAGCGGCUUCAUUAUCUGAGUAUUCUGGAAUGGAGGUUUCACCGGUACCAUCCCAUCAGGACACAUAUAAUCACUUUUCAUUAGUACUAGUGUUUGAUGUGCUGCUUAUUUAGACGGGAAGCUUGUGACGGAUCCUCUUUCUAUGUGAAAUUUCUUCGUUGCAAGAUCUCAGUUAUUCUCCUAGUUCAUGGUGUUUUUGCAAAGGAGCUUCCUUCGCUUAACUUCAGAACUGGAGUUCACACAUAUACCAUAACACCAGUUUGCAUAUGCAGUGGAUCGAAUUCUCUACUCCCGUCUAUCGUCUAAUAGCUCAAUAUCCUGAAGUUUGGCCAGAUGCCUAAUCGCAGAAUCAGGAACCUGCCUUGGCAGCAUGAUUUGCUUGAAGAUAGCAUUAGAGCUGCAGGGAUAACUGGAGUAGAAGUUGGUACCAAAUUAUAUGUUUCAAACUUGGAGUAUGGAGUGUCCAAUGAAGAUAUAAGGGAGCUUUUUGCUGAGAUUGGGGAUCUGAAGCGAUAUGCUGUUCACUAUGACAAAAAUGGUCGCUCUACUGGUUCUGCUGAAGUAGUUUAUACAAGGAGGAGUGAAGCAUUUGCAGCUCUCAAGAAGUACAACAAUGUACUGUUAGAUGGAAAGCCCAUGAAGAUUGAGAUUGUGGGUGUUACUGGAGAAGCACCCAUCUCAGCCCGAGUUAAUGUAACUGGAAUAAAUGGGAGGAGGAAGCGUACAGUUGUUAUGACGCCUGGUCCAGGUCGUGGAAGAGGCUUCGCUCCAAGUAAUCGUGGUGCUGGUCAGAGAAGUCGUGGGGGUUUGAGAAAUCUUGGACGAGGUCGAGGUCGUGGCCGAGGACGUGGAGGCCAUGGUGGCCGUGGAAAGAAGCAACCUUUGGAAAAGUCUGCAGAUGAGCUCGACAAAGAAUUGGAUACUUAUCAUGCUGAAGCCAUGCAAAGUUAGAGGACUUCCUAAGCUUGGAAAUUAUAGCAUUUUAGUAUGAGUUGAUGUUAGUAUGUUCUGACAGUGCUAGCUUGUUUUGGUUUUGCUUAGUUCUUUAACUUCAGAUCUAUUGUAAAUGAAGAGGCCGAGUGGUUUCUGAUAUGGGCUUUCUCAUCUUUAUAAAUUACUUUCAUGCUUUUGACA